UAUCUCAGCCUGACCAGCACCUGCUGUUAGAGCUAACUGCCACCUCUCGACCAUCGCCUCUGCUCCUGCAGGGCCUGGACCACAUUACUUGGGUCAAACCUCAGGAGGGGGAGAAAAGGGUCUGAUUCAUCUAGCCCAGUGCCCCCAUCCUGGUGCUUUUUUUGGAGGAGUUUGAGAAGUCGGAGAAGACCAUGCCUGAAUAUUACUGAAGGAUUGCGCUCUAAGUGUAGUAUUCAUGUCCCCAGAACCUUAGGGCUUCUGCUUGUGAUAACACUGUGCCACUAUAAGACUGAGUGAGUCACUGAUCACAAGUCCUGCAGCAUUGACCAACCAUCCCAGACACAUCAGUGAAUCUACCUAACCACUGCCAUGUCAGAAGGGUCUUCUCCUUGUGACAUCUUUGAGGAUGCCAUCCAAUCACAUUGUCCAAUGACAGAAGAGGAAGAUAGUGACGUUGAUUUGAGCGACAGUGUUAUCGAUGACACAUGCAGCUCAUACUGCUCUGCUGUCUGUUCUCUAAGUGACCAUGAUGAGAUGCUUGAGGACAAAACUUGUUGCCCCUGCUUAGGACCAGGAAAUCCCCCUGAAGGCAAGGCUCCAGCUCCUAUACAAGAGUUCGACAGUAAAACUGCUCUACUUCCUGCUCCAAUACAAGACAUUGACAGUAGACCUGUUCUACUUCCUGUUCCUGUACAAGAGAUCAACAUUAAAACGUCUCUUCUUCCUGCUCCUGUACAACAGACCAACAUUAAAACGGCUCUUCUUCCUGCUCCUGUACAAGAGAUCGACAGUAAAACUGCUCUACUUCCUGCACAAAACUCGUCAGCUAUAUCUCUUGAGGCCAGUGAUCCAGACAUUUUAAAGAAGUCCUUUUCUGUGCCCUCCUCAUAUGAACCUGUGGAAAUCUCACUUUCGCCCGACUCUAUUUCAUCAUCACAGACAUCCAGGAGUUCCUUGGCAUUAACUCAUCACAUCUCACCAGCACCUACAACAACAAAUCAGACUUUUAAACAAACAGCACAUGGCUCCACCAACAACGGUUUUCAAACAGGCAGUGUAUUUUUGUCAGAGUCCUCUCAUUCCCCAAGAAUUAAUGUCCCAUCAAAAGAUAUCGUUAAAGUCAAAAUGUCUACUCAUACUGACACCAACACCAAGGAAGGAUUCUGCUUUCCACCUCUUCAGUCUAACUUCGAAACUAUUUUGAUCACGCCUGAGGGAAAUCAAUACAACCAGGACAGGGUAAGAGAAAUCAGUGGCAAAAUGCCAACAGAGGUGCUCCUGAAACAUGGGCCAUGUCUUGCAGAGGUUGCUAGCAGCCAUAUGGUUGAGUGGAGCAGACUGCACCAGGGUCAGCCUAUGAAGAAGAGCCUGGUUGGGGGGGGGGAGGGUCAGGGCACGAUGGCCAGCUGCAGAGUGGAGCAGGCUGAACUGUCAGUCAGGGACAGAAAUAGGAAAGUGUCUGCAAGCUGCAUCUCGACACUCACAGGCAGUGUGCACAAGCCAGGAAUCCCGCCUCACUGUUAUUCUGAGUGUAUCCUCGCAACCGGGCAGCAACACCAGCCGCAUAGUCCUCCCGAAUUGCGGAGGUGGCAAAAGCAGUGCGGGCAAGUCGCCUGGAGGUCUAGAGCGCUCCCUCAGAAACUCAGCGGCAGCUCUGGGAAAGACUUCAGCGCCACGCAGCAGAGCAGUGGAAAAAACAACAUGGGCACGAAGCUCAGUGAGAUUGACAGUGAGGUCAAGACUCUUAGUAACCUGCCAAAGAAGACAUUCUUUUGCCCCAAGACAAACUAUUUGGAUGUUUACAACCUCACCUGCAGGUCUUCCACCCAGCCUUACAUAGAGAGCAAUUUCAAUGGCUGGGCGGAGGACGAGGUUUCCUUUAAGCUGCCAAUGGCUUUUUCGCUGAACAACCACAACACAUCGGCGUGGUCCGAGGCCAGCAGCGCUGAAUGUAUUGACGUUGCCCUGGAAACCCAUGAGGAGGUGCAAAGAGGCAGCAUGAAGACGGUACCCAAGAGACAGAUCCAGCUUAAGAGAAAGGACACUACGGAGUCGAACACCAACGAAAACCACGACGAGCCCCGGGAGGCCCCUCCAGGGCCCAGUCGUCCGAGGGACGGCUUUCUGCGUCAGAACAGCACACCAGCAGCCUUUCACCAGGAGUCGCAUGGGCCUGAGCAGAGGUCAGUUCAGGCCGAACGUAAACAGAGGCUGCAGAAAUCCCUGUCACUGGACGAGACUUCCAGCAGAACCAAAAUGGCCUCCUGUCUGAUAAAGAAUGUCCUGUCAAAGAAGAUGCAACAUGAGCAGGGCUUUCGGAAUGCAGAAGUGCAGGAGAAUGCUUCUGCCACUCUUACGGCGCAAACCAACAGUAAUGAUACUUACCAACCUCCAUCUGCCAAGGAACUCCCUGCUGAACCCACAAAAAUUAACUUAAGUUCAAGUGUACCCUCACAGCACAAGGUGCCCUCACACAGUCCUCCAGUGAAGGCUCCGAGCUGCUCAAUCAAAGAAUACAUUAGGGUCAACUCCAAACCCCAACAGAAACCCAUCACCAAUAACAGAUUCAAUCCUCUCAGCUGUGGAGGUGGAUGGGCUGAGUUUCAGGAUCAGGACAGCCCAGAAAUAACCUCCAUUGCGGACGGUAAGAAAGCAGAGAAGCCGAUCCCCAGAGACGAGGCAACAUGGCUGGCUCGCUGGAGCCCGGGAGAGAAGUUAUCGUGUGACUCAGCAAAGGGCAGAGGCUGGAACACGAGUGCAGUGAUAAGCAGGGCCACAGGCUCCCAGGCCUGCCUGAAAGCCACACUUGAGGAAUGCUGCGUGGGGAAGGGAAACCAUAAACAACAGCACACCAAGAACCAACCAGAACCCAAGACGUGGGAGAAAGACGCCAGGAAAGAUAGACUGUGUGGCAACAAAGAAAUGCCACCAAGCCCACAGAAGAUCUCCAGCCUGCUCUCAGAUCUGGAGAUACGUCCAGAUGAAAGUAAUCAGCCCCUGACACCUGAGUGCACUACAGGGAUAGAGAAGGAGCAGCUAACAGAAAAAGGGGACCUGAAGGUACCAGGACAAUUUGGCAAUGUGAGUACCCAUGACAAAUUGAAAGGAAUCGCACCGGUUCAUGUGGUCAGGGAUAUGAGAAGUCUGGUGAAAAACACCUAUAACCUCUCAUUCCGGGGACCUGGUGGCACACUGCAGGGACUCGAGGAAAGCUUUAGUGUUUUGAAACCAGCCACACAAUCAUGCAAAAGAGCAGGCGAUAAAGGCAAUGUGUUCGAGUCAGGAGACAAACAGCUGGGGAAGAAGGCCCUUUCAUCUCCACCUGUGCAGGCACAGAAGAUGAGGGAUUUAAAUUCUCAACACAACACUCCCCGAGGAGGCCUUAAUAAGCGUGACACUAGAUUUACAAAGGUUAGUCCAAACAGUCGGUCCGCUGCCAGCAGCUGUCUCGAGUCAGACGGCAUGGAAGGAAUGAAUAGCAGCGAUAGCCUGUGUAAACUUGACGCUCAGAGUGACAACCCAAAAUGUAAACACACUGACAGAGCAGAGAAGCCACCGCAGGCCUUACCGGAACCCUCUGCUGAGCUGCUGACUGAUGGAGAAGUGUCAGACAACAAUCAAGAUCAACAUGAGAGGUCCCGCUCGAGAGGUCCCGCUGAAGAGCACCUGCAGCAACAAGCAGUACCUCUGCAUGGCUUUGCUGCAGCAUCUCAGUGCUACCCAUCCCCAGCACUCCUCAAGGAGAGCUUCCAGAGCCCAUCUUUGCCACCCCACUGCCAGGCCCCCCCUGCCUGUGUGCUCACCAGAACCAUCACCCCUGCCCAGGUCUUGCCCACGUAUUACUACAAAGCUAAUCCUCUGAGCUACCCAGCAAUGUCACCGCACAUGAGCGCGAUGGGCUUUGUGCAGGGUCCAGUGAUACUGCAGGCGUCAGCUCAGCCCGUCUCAUCCACUGGACCCAGUCCUCUGGUGAAGCACAUGUCAGAGGACAGCCAACAGCCAGCCAUGAGUUGCUACACAGAGAGACGUCAGGGACAGAAGGGCUCCCCCAAGCAGACCGGAAAUGGAGAGAACCGGGGUCUGGUCCGUGAGCCAAAAAUGCCCUCUCCCGAAGCGCAGCCUUACCUGUGUGCCACCCAGACCACCUUCCCCAUGUUUACCUCUGAGGGUCGACACAGCAGUGCCAGCGUGAUCUACCCAGAGUGGGGCGGGGGGUUGAUGCAGGGGCAGGGGCAGGGGGCUCCUCGCCACCUCCUGCUGGACCCCGAGACCGGAAGGUGCUUCUACGUGGACGUUCCUUUGCAGCCACAGCGCAAGAUGCUGUUCGACCCAGAGACAUGCCAGUACGUAGAGGUGCUGCUGCCCCAGCAGUCGCUGCCCAGCGCUGUGAUGUCCCCUCCGUGCGCUAUGCCGCUCCCUUACCCGGCCGUGUACACCCCCAACUUUCUGCCCUACAUGCAGUCUCACACACAGGUGCUGCCACAUCCCGGGCCCUGAGGUAACCUGGAGGUAACCUGGAGGUAACCUGUAUCUUGAAGAAUGGUGCCGAGGUUUCCAUAAGCUGCUCAUAGAGGUUUACCAUGCACUGUGUGGGGUGGAAUGUCUGUAACCAAUAAUGGAAGCAUUUUGUGAACCAUAUCUGCAAGAAACAGCCUCUUGAAUAUGUCAUAUGUUAUGUUUCAAUGUAAGGAAUCAAAAGAGCUUGAUAUUACGAUGUGUCUAACUGCUAUCAUGGUGUAGUUUACUCAAAAUCAACAUAGAAUAUUGAUGGUCAAUUUUUGAAUGGGUGGGCAACGUCCCAGUUAAUAAUCAUAUCAGUCUUCAGUUUUUAUCAGUGUGUGAUAACUUCCUUUCUAUUUUAUUCUGAUCUGCAAGCAUUUUCCAGCCUCUAGGGCCUGUGCAACAGUCAGACCAGUUACAGUGACAGUUUAGAAGUCAAAACCUUUUGCAUUUAGCCUCUUUGUCUCUUACACUGAUGCAUAUUUUUAUUUUACAUUAUCAAUUUAUGUAUGUUUGGUAAGGAUGUAUCAUAGUGAGUUUUUGUCAGUGAGCAUAGCUGAAGGAAAGGGGUGGAACUGAGGGAACGCAGAGCCAACGGAAGAGGGUGGCCCAGAGAGAGAGAGCAUGAGGCAGAGAAGGAGAGAGAGAGAGGGAGGAAGCAAAAGAGAGGGAGAGGGAAAGAAAGAGAGGGAGAGAGAGAGGGAGAGAAAAAGAGGGAGAGAGUCAGAGAGAAUGAGAGCAAGAGCGAGAGAAGGCGUCUGAUUAAAGAUCCUGUAGACUACAUCCCAAUGAUGGGCAAGAGGAUUCCUCAACAGAGUAUUCCCAGAUGUUUUACAAAAUCUGUAGUGAACAAUAAAAUAUAAAUAAAUCACUGUAAAGUAAAGUUUAACCAAAAUACCAACAACCUCUGACAACCAAAAGAUAGAUGCCCUCACCAUUGACAGAAGACACUUCCCACAUUGGUUGCAGAUGUUCUGCUCCAAGGCUGUGUUGGAGAGGAUGAUCUCUACUUGAAAACAGGAUGCCCACUAAACCUAAAGAAAGUGAAUGGAAUGUACAUGUAACAGUCUACCUCUAAAAAGGAUUGUUACAAAUUGAUACACACACACACACACACACACACACACACACACACACACACACACACAUUGAGAGCACACUUCAGCACACCACAGGAAAAAAGGAGUUUGACCUCUUCCCUGGUUGAUGAAUCCACUGAAGGGGUGGAAAUGGUUUCAUAUUUCCCAGAGCAGCAGCAACAAUGACAUGGUGGAAAUAGUUUCUAUGGUAAUGUAAGUGAUAGAUGGAGUGGUGCUUGCUCACUUGUGUUCUGUACAGUAGAUGUUCUAAAUAGAAAACCGCACUUCCUUGAACUAACCUUUCAGUUGUUUUGUCCUUUCCAGUGUGCCGAAAAGUGACAAAUAAGAAUUGACUGACUCAAGAGUUCUUAUAUUUUUGUAUACAGUGUUUAUGUUGGGUGAUGUGUAAUUAUUUGAAUUGAGUAAAGCAGAGUUUUGGGGGAUUUUGAACAGCCUUAUGCACCAUUGUUUACUGGGAGUGUUUUUUUUUCUUGAAUGUAACUUAAAUGUCACUGGAUUGUUUAUAUAAUGUCAUUUUUGAUACAGAACUUCUCAAAUUAGUGUCAGGGGAUCAAUGUUGCUAUGAUUGAUUAGUUGUAGGUGAUCAUUGCAAACAUGCCCUCUCUUAAAUCAGUCCUUAAACCUACUGGAUGUACUGUCCUGUCUGCACUGGAUUCCAAGGUACAUUAAGCUACUAUACAAUAAUAUUUUUUCAUUUCAUGGUAAAGAUGGCUUUAAAUAUUUGUGAACUGUGUUACAGUUUUCUUUGUAUUCAUGAUAAUAUAUUUGUAAAUAGUGGGCAAUUACUGUUGAUUGUUACUCUUUCUUUCACUGCAGCACACAGUGACAAUAUUAGUAUGUGCAUCGAAAAUUUUACAUUUGACCUUUUACUCCUAAUAGAGACAAAUUGCACCUUUGUACUAUAUUCCAUGCCUAUGUUAUUGCUUUCACCUCUUAAAUUACUGCAUAACUAACAACACUGAUCACUUGAAUAUUCAUUUUGUACAUUUAAGAAAUAAAUAAGACAUACACGAUUAA